GAGGCACCGAGGAGAGCCCGAGCCAGCGGGGCCGUCUCCAGCCAACAAACUCUGUCCCCCCCAAACCCCGGGCCCUCUGCGGGAAUGUUCAAAAAUGAGUACCAGGGAGGUGCAUUUGUUGAAAUUUUUAGCGCUCAGGGGAAAAAUCCUGGAGCAAAAUGGAAGAUCUUUGGCAGUCCAUCUGUGAUUUGGAAAGAGUUUGAUAAAGAAGUUAAAAGUUUUGUAUUUGUGCUGGAAGGCAGCAGCCAAACCAACAGGAUUCAGUUACCGAAGGAGAACAAGCAAACCCUUGGACUGAUCCAGAGGUUUCUCGUACUUCAGAUUUACAUACCCCUGGGACAGGACUUCUCCACUGAAUUACUAAUUACCGAUUUAGGAAACAUCAAAAGAAGAUUGUAUUUAUCAACAGUCCACAAGGAACUGUCCUCAACCCCUCUUCAUGCAAAAAUCCCACUCUUCAUGAUCAAGCGUAAAAUUUGGUGCAAUCUGUGCAUUGACCUGGUCGCCUUCACCAGUGAGAUAUUCAAAGGAGCAGUUUUCCAGUCGUUGGAUGGCAUUAUCGUCUCUGCUAACUGUAAGCUACGGAAGAUCUUCACUUUAAAGUCAAAGCCUCAAGAAACAGCUGAUAGAGAUGAUGAACCCACAGAUAGUAUUCCGCGAAGCUGUCAACUUUCAGCAGACGUUCCUCAUGUCACACAGCUGUUGAACAUGACAAAGCUCCGCCAAACUGAAAUAAAAUUUGGAGAUCAUCCUCUGAGAUCAGCAGAAUCAGACCAGUUCAUCAACAGAGGAGCAGGAAGCAUCCGGAACAGCAAAAGCCAAGAUGUUUGCCACAUUGCAUUCGGGUCCAGGGUUCUUGGACCACCUCCACUCUCUGGCAGACGGAAUAACCUAAGGCUCUCAAGUGAGACAGUAAGAUCCAUCGGGUGCAAAAAUAGCCAGUUGUGCCAGCAGCCUACCAUGGAGAAGCAUGUUAACAGUGCACAAGUGUCAGCCUUGCCAACACCUGAGUCUGAGCAGCAAGAACAAAAAGGGAACAGUCGCCAAAUGAAGCAGACCACACCUAUUCCCGCCAGUCUACCUAUUAUGUACCCACAUCCCCCUCAAGAACCAUCAGCAGAUAAGAGGAACAACAGAAGAAGAUCUUGGUUGAAAGGCACCAGCAGAGAAAGGACAGAGGCGCACUGUGGUAGUUCCUCGGGAAGUAACAGGAAUGAAGAGGAAGACGCCACCACCGCCCUCGACAGUGUCACCCAGCCAGUGAGCGCCAGCACGCCAGAGCCCCCAGCUCCUGACCAAGCAGAUGAGUGGAUAUUCCCUGAAACGGCCGAGCCGACCUCCGACCCAGAGUGUGGCAGUCCGUCUCUGCUCCGCGAUGUGGACUCACGCAUGGCUCCACACCUGUGGCUGGACACCAGCAAGGACAGUGAGCCUGAGGCAGAGGAAGCACGGAUGGCUCCCCAAGGCAUAUUCACCUUCUCAUCCAGACCGAGGUCCGCGCCCCACGGGAAGAAUCAUGAUAUGUCCCCCAGGGGGUGCCCAUUUGUCCUGGACCCAAAGGUGGACAGCAAAGUGACAAGGAGAGACACCGAGCUGGAAGACGAUUUUUAUGGCAGCGACAGCAGCGAAGAGGAAUACAACUGGAGGAACUACCAGCCCAGCCAGAUGAGCGAAUCUGAGCUGCAGAUGCUGGCAAGCCUCAGGCGGCAGCAGAAGGAAGACUUGGAAGAUACUGGGGCUCCUCAUGGCCUGAGCGCAUCCCAGGUGGACAGCUGUAAUGUCAGCAUCAGCACCAGCAGCGAUGACACAACCACGUGGAACUCCUGUCUGCCGCCUCCAGUGAACCAGGGCCGUCACUAUCAGAAAGAAAUGAAUCCGCCUUCUCCAUCUAACCCUCGAGACUGGUUGAACAUGCUGAGCCCACCAAUCAUCCCUCCCAGUCAGCAGCCGGUGGAGCAGCCUCUGGAGUCCUCUGCAAGUUUGAGUGUGCAAGGUGAGGAGGACCCAAGUGUGGAAGAGGAUGAGGAAGUGCUGACUCUGCUCUAUGACCCGUGUCUCAACUGCUACUUUGACCCUCAGACUGGGAAAUACUACGAGUUGGUCUAGUUCCUGCCUCGAGGGCAGAAAACAGCCAGCGCAGAUGGAACGUGACAGCAGCGUGAAGUCCACAGGAGGUGUGGUGGCCUGCCUGGUGGCCAGGGGCUCCAAGGGAGUCAAAAGAAAUGGAGAGAAAUGCUUUGUAAAUGGCAUUUAAUGUUAAUUAACAUCAUCUGCAUUCUCUUUGUAGCUGUGUGUAUGUGGCUUUGAAACUUGUGAAGGAAUUAAUACAGACACCAGAUUUUAGGUUUUGAAUUUGUUCUUAGUUGUUCGUUCCAAACCUCUAAUUCUCACUUUGUAUAUGUUAUGUAAGCAAAUUAAGAAUUACUCGUUCAAAUUUUUCCAGUGUUAAUCUGUAAUAAAUGAUGGCUUGAUACACUACAGAAAGCGUAUCCUUGUUUAAAAGAUGUCUGAAACCUUUUUUAUGGCUUGUUUGUAUUAAAAAUAAAAUAUAGUGGCCAAAAGACCACUUCCUUUGUUUUACCCUGUUGUCAGUACUAGAUUAUUCCUAGGCAACUUGCCAUACUUUUAGACUCUUAGGAAACAUGAGCUGUCAGGUUCAGUGAUCAGGGUCUGUGGGCAUGGGCCCCACUAUGUCUUUUCAAUUCUAGCUCCUCCGGAGUUAGCUGAGAUCACAGCGUUGUUAAUCAUCAGGCUACUGAGCACCACGCUUUGCUUUUACUGCUCUUACCUUUUACCACUGGUCUUAGAAUCCUAAUAAUCUGGCUCUGUGGAUCCAGAUUUAACAAGGGGUUGCCAUCCGAACACCAUUCCACACCUCCCUGCCUCUGUGAUCUAUGCCUAAA